AUGCCAAAGGGAGCCAUACACUACACAGGCACGAACUUCUCCCGCCUCCGACGUUUAGAUGUUGUAAGCCGCGUCCGAGCUCUCACGCACCAGCGGAUGAUGCAACGGCCUCAAUGGCUGACAUAUGCGGAAAGAGCCCCUCCGCUUGAGCUGAGCUCUUUGCACCUCAAAUGCAGGAGAGUCCACAACACAUACCUCGCGCUAACCCGCGAGCUCCUCCAGAAGUAUCCGGAUGUGAGGUUUCAAGACUGUUUUGUCGAGGGCAACGAUCCGGUCAAAGGACUGGACACUUUCCGAGCUGACCAUCCAGCCAUGCAGUUUGUUGCCUUGCAGCUACGACUGAUGAAUCAGGGAGUUCCUAAAGCUGCUGCCUUCAAGAAGGCAGAGGAAGCAUUUCGUGAGCGGCGUGCUGCACUGGAGAGGAGUCAGAAGGUGCACAUGGCCUCGGCGAUCGCUGCUGCAGCUGCUCUAGAUCCUGCAGCAGCGGCAGGAGCAGCAAUGCCAGCAAGCAGUGCUCCGCUGUCUACUGCGGAGGGCAUCGGCUCGGUACAGCCCAUGUUUACUUCGGGAGGCGCCUACUGGCAGAUGGAAAUAGCACGUUCCCAAAUGAAGCAUCUUCUUCACAUUCGUCGCGUCCUCCGGCAGUUACGUGAUCGCGCAGAACAGGCAAAUCCGAAUGAUGCUUCUGAACACGAUGCUUCGUCAUCGUCAGCCUCUGCAGGGCCAAAACACCGGCGUUUUCCCUCUCUGCGUCAGCGUGCCUUCUCUGGAUUAAGGCCAAGUUCUAGGCAGCCGCGCAGAGGCUCCGGGGAUGUUGAGACGCUCCAGUAUCCCUCUAGCAUAAACACAGAGGGCGAGAGCCUCGAUGCGGAGUUGGUGGGCAGUGAAGAUAGCUGGCGAUAG